GACUUUAUCAGUCCAAGGACAUCAUUCACUUGGAAAGGGGGGGAAGUUCGAUCCUCUUUUUAAAGGAUCGCAUUUGCGGGAGUUUUUUUCCUCCCCUAGUUACCAAGACAAGAAGCAUUUUGUUUAUUAUGCGACAGUUUAGUGUUAUCUGCUUUUAAAAUUCUACAUCAUUGGUCACAGUAAGUUGCUAGUUUAUGAACGUGAGUUUUAACAUUUUGCAUAAAAGCCGCAUCUUUUGCUUUACUUUCUAUUUCUUUUGCUCUGAAAUGACCAUGCUGCUUGACAGCGGUCCACAGUUCUCGGCGUUAGGCGUUGGAGGCUUUGGGACGCCGAGGCAUCAUGAGAUGGGAAAUAGGGAUCCUGGACUGGGGCUCAAUCCCUUUGGAGAUUCAUCACAUUCUGCUGCCUUCAAGCUCAGCCCCGUAGCUCACGAUAUUGCCGCCAGCCAGACUUCUGCUUUCACGGCACAAGCCUCUGGUUAUGCAGCAGCUCUCGGACACCACCACCACCACAGCAGCCAGGUGGGAUCCUAUGGUACCGCAGCGUUCAAUUCUACGCGGGAUUUUUUGUUCAGAAACCGUGCAGCAGGUAUCGGAGAGUCUGCGGCGAGUAACGCGCAGCAUGGGAUCUUUGGUCCUUCGGCGGGGAGUCUGCACGGACCCACCGGGAUCUCUGAAACGGCGGGACACCUCUUGUUUCCAGGACUCCACGAGCAAGCCACGAGUCACACUUCGCCGACGGGACAUGUAGUAAACACGCAAAUGCAUCUUGGUUUACGCGGAGAUAUUUUUGGAAGACCGGAUCCUUACCGACCGGUUACCAGUCCUCGUACAGACCCUUACGGUGCUACCCAGUUGCACAACUACAAUCACUCUAUCAACGUGAACAUGCCGACGCAUCACGGACCUGGGGCUUUCUUUAGAUAUAUGAGGCAGCCCAUUAAACAAGAAAUGUCCUGUAAGUGGAUAGAUGAGAACCAGAUGAAUCGGGCGAAAAAGACAUGUGACAGGACUUUCAGCACCAUGCAUGAGUUAGUUACGCACGUCUCCAUGGAACAUGUUGGCGGCCCGGAGCAAAGUCAUCAUACUUGUUUCUGGGAAGACUGUCCCAGGGAAGGGAAGUCUUUUAAAGCCAAAUACAAACUUGUUAAUCACAUACGAGUGCAUACUGGUGAAAAACCAUUCCCCUGUCCGUUCCCUGGGUGUGGAAAAAUAUUUGCCAGGUCGGAAAAUUUGAAAAUUCACAAAAGAACACACACAGGUGAAAAGCCGUUUAAGUGCGAGUUCGAGGGUUGUGACAGACGCUUUGCAAACAGCAGCGACAGAAAAAAGCACAUGCACGUGCACACUUCAGACAAGCCGUACAUUUGUAAAGUCUGUGACAAGUCCUACACACAUCCUAGCUCUCUCAGGAAACACAUGAAGGUUCACGAGUCUCAAGGUUCAGAGUCCUCUCCAGCUGCGAGCUCCGGGUAUGAAUCGUCCACACCACCCGCUCUAGUGUCAGCAAACAGCGAAGACGCGACAAAACCGCCCUCAUCAAGCAUGCAAAACGCCCCAACACACAACGAGGGACUUCCGCCCAACUUUAACGAAUGGUACGUUUGAAAUCCAGCAGCAAAAGUGGACCAAAAGGUUAAAGAAACCCAAACCACUUGCACCCAGAGGUGUUUCAAAACGGUUAAUGGAGCUACUUUACGAGGAGACGAGAUGGCGUCAGAUUCGCCGCGCCGUCAGCCCUCGUCCCUUCUCAGGAUUAAAAAAAAAAAAGACUUUUAUUCUGAGCGAGAAGUAGAAUUAUAAAAAUACGACACUUCUUUCUAAAAAUCAACCAAUGGAGAAGUCCAUGUUAAGCUGAAAGAUAAUUUUAUUUUUACUUGUAUUUUUUUCUCAAAAUCGUAUUUAAAAUAAAUAAAAAGGAAUAAUCCUUCACGAUGGAUCAUAUAAGGGUGAUGCUCAGGUCACCAUUUAAUUGAUUGUUAAAACUUCACACAGUCUUAAAAAACGUGCCAAAGUCUUUGUCUUGAACUUGAACAACAAUGAAUAUAUGCUCCUGAAUGUAUUUUCCUUAUUUUAUGCGGUCUAAUCUUUUGUCAUUAUCCGUUUUCAGGUUGAGAAAUGUGGUAUUCGAUUAUGAUUGUCACCCUUGAAUAAACCGUUGCCUUUUGUUAAUAACAAUGUAAAUACAUAACCAUGAUGCCAUAUUUAUCCAUUUGUAAUUUAAUUAUCGGCAUAAGUUCUGAAAAUGAUAUUUAUGGAAAUGUUUUCUAACACUAUGUACAGUUUUGAGUCGAUAACAUUAAAAUUCUCAAAUAUAAAGCUCACA